AUGCAUGAAGGUUGUGACGGUUUUCAAAAGUUACAUACAGAGUUGCUGCAUUCAACGUUGAGGUCUGAACUUCUUUUGGAUGCAGUUUACAAUAUACUUUUUCAUCGUCGAAAUAAGAUGGCUACCUUAACUGUACCCCCUGUUCCUCCUCACCCUAGAGAUGAUGCACUGCAGCUUUACCGGGCUUUUAAGGGAUUUGGGUGUGAUACUAGUGCUGUUAUCAAUAUUCUUGCUCAUCGUGAUGCUACACAGCGUGCCUACAUCCAACAAGAGUACAAAACAAUGUAUUCUGAGGAACUUUCCAAACGUUUAGCUUCAGAGCUUAGUGGAAAGUUAGAGACUGCAGUUCUGCUGUGGUUGCAUGACCCUGCGGGACGUGAUGCAACAAUCAUUAGGAAGUCUCUAGUAGAGGUCAGAAGCAUUGAAGGUGCUACUGAAGUUAUAUGUUCACGCACUCCAUCGCAGCUGCAAUAUUUAAAACAGAUCUAUCAUUCUAGGUUUGGUGUUUAUCUUGAGCAUGAUAUUCAAGCAAACACCAGCCCCGGGGAUCAUCAAAAGCUCUUGCUUGCGUAUAUAAGCACACCUCGUCCUGAAGGCCCUGAGGUUAAUAGAGAAAUUGCUCAGAAGGAUGCAAAGGUUCUUUACAAAGCAGGGGAGAAGAAACUGGGAACUGAUGAGAAGACCUUUAUCCAUAUAUUCAGUGAACGAAGUGCUGCACAUUUGGCUGCCGUCAGUUCUUAUUACCAUGACAUGUAUGGUCACUCUCUGAAGAAGGCAAUAAAGAAUGAAACUUCUGGGGCCUUUGAACAUGCACUUUUGACAAUAGUCCAAUGUGCUACUCAUCCAGGAAAGUACUUUGCUAAGGUUUUGCACAAGGCAAUGAAAGGUUUAGGGACAGAUGAUUCCACACUCAUAAGGGUCAUUGUAACAAGGACUGAGGUUGAUAUGCAGUAUAUCAAAGCUGAAUAUUCAAAGAAGCACAAGAAGACUCUGAACGAUGCAGUUCACUCAGAAACAUCUGGUCACUACAGGGCUUUUCUUCUUGCACUUUUAGGCCCUAAUAUCUAA